GUGAGCUAUCAGGAGUAAACCAUUUUAAAUGGUUUCCGCUUAAUAGACUUCAUGGUGCGGCUCACAGAAUCAGCCAGGAACGGAUCCAGAUGACCUGUCCCUCCAGCUCCACCCUGACCACGGUGGUGCAGAUGACCACUCGCCUGCAUCCACGAAUUCAGGUCAGUCACCUUACCUGUUCGGUGAGGUGCAAAGCAACUAGGUGUGGCACUGCAGAUCACUGUUCAAUUACACAUAUCAUAUCGCCCUGAGGGUUACUUCAUUUGUCAAGUUAAGCAAAUGAAUCCGUACAAUUACACUGCUGGUAAUAAGGUAACACAAUAGGAUUGAUUCAAUGGCCCAAUGAUGGAUGUACAGUACGGCUGGAUGUUUGUGCCAUUCCCUUGAAAAAUCACAGGACAUUGAAAAUCAUUAAUUAAGAAUUUUGGGGUCGGUAGUCCUGACUUCUUAACAUUAACUUAACUUAAACUUUUUAAACUUUACAUUUCAUUGCUCUUUUCGGUGUCAGAGGUAUUUCAUUUUUUGUACCAGGCUACGAACAUGUGUAUUACAUCUGUUAAGUUGUGCAUGUUACCAUGGAGACAGGCUCGCUUUUGGAGCCCUCCUCCAGUGGCCAAUAGAAGAACAGCAGUUUUUGGUGCCUCCACUAGGUUUCAUUUCUCAGCACUAGUUGUUGCCACUACCAUCUCUUCAGUGAGAGAAAAAGCCAAUCCUUUUCUAGCCCAAGGUACCGCCAAGACAACAAAACAAAAGGUCUCUCAAAUUAAACUUUAAAUAACACAUUUUUGUGUUUUACCGCAAGAAAACGCAGCUCGAGUGCCGUUAACGCUUCACCACUCAGACUUGAACAUGUCAGAAGACAUGGAGGAUCAGCAGACGCUGUCGGAAGGGGAAGAGGAGGAAGAGGAAGACGGCGAGUUCUUUGUUCUCGACUCUGAACAUCCCCUGAUCCGAAGGCAACAAGCCGCUCUGAGUGCCUAUCUCGGCAAGCAGCUGGAAAGGAUCAACCUGGGACUGAAGGAGAAGCUGGCCACGGAGAAGGCAGAUGCCAACCAAUUACUGGAGAUGGAUCUGGAGAUGUUCAGGAUUCAGGAGCAACUGGCCAGACUGCAGACCAGACUGGAGACCCAUCAUCACACCAAGGCACAGGCUGAAGCCAAACAUCAACAGGCACAAGAUCAGCUGGAGGCAAUGAAGAGCCAGUUUGCCAGGAUAACCUGCCAAAACGAGAAAGCCAAAGCCAAUGUGUCCCAGGUACAGGCGGAGACGGAGGACCUGAUGCUGCAUCUCACCUUCACACAAAGAGUCAGCGAAGAUCUGCGCUCAAAUGUCAAAGCCUUGAAGAAUGCCAGAAGCAAGGCGAGAGCUGAGAAGAACAAGGCUGAAGACCAGAAAUUUAAGCAGGAUUUAUAUGUGGAGCGUCUAACAAAGGACAUGGAGAGGCUGACACAGCAGAUUGCCAUGUACGAAGUCCAGGCCGUUGCUCAAGCAGAGGAGACACAGGCAGCCCAGGAGGCUCUCUCCGAGGCGGAGAUGGAAAUGGAGUCUCUGGUGAUGGCCCGUAAGCAGCUGCUGCAGCAGUGGAGCAGCAGCCUGGUGGGCAUGAGGAGUCGAGACGAGGCCUUUAGCGCCAUGCAAGACGCCGUGCGCGCCGUGGAGCACCAGGUAGUUUUGCUGGACAGAGAGAUCGAAGGUUACAAGAGAUCCAUUGGCCAAGAGCAGGAGCAGAAUGAGACACUAACUGCGCAGCUGAACUGGUCCCAGAUGGACGCGGCCACGUCCAAAAAGCUGAUCAGUCAGAAGCAGGCCCAGCACGAGGCUCUUCAGGCCCACUACAGCACCUGCGUCCGCACUCUGAGGGAGACGGAGAGCAACCUCGUCCGGCUCUCCAAGGACCUCAGCGGCCACCGUGUCAAAGUGAAUGAUCAGAGGAAGCAGUUGGAGAAAGAGAGUGAUUUGCGUCUGGAGUUGGAGGACGGCAUCAUGACCUGCAUCCAGCAGAAGCUCACCCACAACAAGGCCGCCAAGUACUCCAAGCGGCUCUCCGCCAGGAUAGCCCCACUCAAGAAGCAGAAGCUCUCUGAGUUGUGGCAGUUGGAGAAUGUGGUUGAGGCGGUGGGGCUGGAGAGCAGCGAGAUCAGCCAACAUCUGGAUAGCCUGACACUCACCCAAGGGGCCCUCGACGAGGAGCUUGCAAAGUACAACAAGUUACUGACAUCCCACCAGGCUAAGAUGUCGUCCAUUGGUAAACUCAUCGAUCAGAAGCAGGCUAUCAUCUUCAACUAUAACAAAAAGAUAUAUGAAAUUGCAGCAAGAACCGGGAACGAACACAUGAGUCCCUUGCAAAUCAAGAUUGAGGAUUUCAGUGCUCAGAUCGAGGAGCUGGCAACGAACAUCAAGAGUGACCAGCAGCUCUGGAUGAAACGGCAGAGGACUCUAGUGGGACUGACCCAGGAGAGAGAGGCCAACAGCAAGAACAUGCUCAGACUGCAGAUCGAGUCCACUUUAUUGCAGCAGUUGAAAAUGCGCUUGGAAAGUAAGAUUAAUGUAGAGCACCGUGAGGAGAUGGAGCUGGAUGAGAAUGUGAAGAUACUGAAACGAGACAUGCUGAAGCUCAACGCCCUGCUGAGCGUGAACGGAGAGCUCAGCCAGGAGCUGGACCAGAAGCAUGCGCUGAUGGAGUCAGACUUCCUCCACAGACUGAAGGAGGCAGAGCGAGAGUCGAUCAACCUGCACAUGCAACACGAGAUCACCCAGGAGGAAAAAGAGGCACUCCUCAACAGUCUCGUGGAGGCGGAGCGGCAGAUCAUGCUGUGGGAGAAGAAGACCCAGGUAAUGAAAGAGACACUUUCAGCCGUGCACUCUGAGGCGGUCCAGGGAGACAUCCAGAUGAUGAAGGAUGAGAUACACCGUAUGGAGGUGCGACUCAACCAGCUUAUGAAGCAGCAGCAGCGACUUUUGAGAGAGAGUGAAGAGACCGUGGAGCGAAGGGAGACCAUCGUCCUGCGCAGAGAGGCCAUCAACCUCUGCUCCCACAGACAAACUACCAAGGACGAGAUGACCUGCGUCACACAGGGCCUGCAGCGCAAGAUCCACGCCACGCACAAGCAUGUGGCAGAGUGUGAGGAGGGGAUCAGGGAGCUGCAGAGGGAGCGGGAGAGUCUGAGCGACACGCUCACACAGAAGAAGCAGCUACUGAUAGAGCUGUGUGGCAUCAGUUACAGCCUGGAUUCUGACUUUGGUAAUCUCCAGGACACAAAGGACAGGAGCCUAGCCCACCUGAUGGCUCUACAGAGCCGCAACAAGAUGCUGCAGGACGUGUGUGCGGGCGGCUACAAAGCCUUGUCCACCGGCGAAUCGGUCGGCGGCGCACUGCAGAGCCAGAUGGAGGGCGUGCACGCUGUCAGCACCAUCUUGCACAAAGUGUGUGAAGAGUUCCCCCAGCACCAGGGGGCGCUGCACGGGUUGUCGUUAAUGCUGGAAGCGCAAGCGCUGUGCCCGGAGAUGUCCUGAGGGAGG